UGUGCAAACUUCUAAUUUGUGGCGGCUUUAUUCAAAAUGGAGUUGAUAUCUGCGUUGCAGUUUUUGAAUCUUCACAAAGUCCCACAAGCCUGGGUGAAUGGAGUGUGGGAUGCAGAAUUUACAGAGAUGUUGCCGAUGGAAGAUAACAUCAAAGGGGAGCUAGCAGCCUCUAGUGAGCAAGAUUUCAGAAGGCUAUACUCGUGUCUACUGGUACUUUCUGAGGAACAACUACAGUCUUCUAGCAGAGAUGACUGUUUACAGAGUGUCUGGAUACAGCUGAGGGAGAAUGGUGUUUCGGUGCAGUCUUUGGUGGCUGUGCUGUCCUUCUUUGUCUUGACAGGAAACGCCAAAGCAGCUAAUGUUCAGCAGAGGGUGGGAAGCCUCCAUGCUGCAUCGCUCUAUCUGUUACUGCUUGGAGUCCCAGGAAGCAUUGCCAACAAAGUUUUUCAUGAGGUUUUAUUGAACACCUGCAUGAGUGCAAGCACGCACUGUUGGCCUCAGGACUUGGGCAAAAAGCGCAAGAAGGGCAUUCUCAAGAGUUCUCAGGCAGAGGGCAAGCGUUCCAAACCACACCGGAAGGAAAUUCAAGAGAUGGAAGUGGAGGAGGAAGAGGAGGAGGAAGAAGAGCUCAUUUUCUCAAGCCAAGACCUAAACAGGAUCCGAGAUGCACUGGUUCUUCUGCUUCAAAGUCUUCUCAGACUUUUGCAGACAUUUUCACUCAAAGACAAACCACAAAUUGCUUGCAGUUGCCCACUGAUUUUUAGUAAGUUGCUUUACUUUGAGCCAGUCAUUGGAGAGCUAAACUUUGCUGCUGGACAAGAUAUCAAUGAACUGCGGAGCAUCCCUGAGAUGGCUUUCUAUGGCCUGCAGCUGAUUUGCUCAGCAAAGCAUGGAGAUCAAAAAGAAUCCGUGAGGAGGGUUUUUCAAAGACUUCUGUAUGUAAUCCUGAUGAUGAAUAAAGGGGACAGAGGCAGACCAACCUUGCUUGUACCCGGUCAUGCAGUACUCGCCACACGUGAUCAAGCCAUCCACUUUGUCUGUCAUAUUGUGAAUGAGCUGAAGGAAGUGGCACUGCCAUUAUUGAAAGUACUUCUGCAGCACAUUUGUUUUCAGAUUGUGGAAAAAUGUGAGUUUAGAAACCAUGGAGCCCAGGCUGUUGGCAUGCUGACAUCUGAGAUGCCAAGUACAGACUAUGCCCACUUCAUGAAGUGGCUGUCUAGUUUCUCAAGACACUCAAAGAUGGUGUCCCGCCUGUUCUCUGUGGAUGUUGUGAUGGUUCUACUGGGGCAGCCAGAGAGGCGACCCGAGGAAUGUGGCGAUCCGGGUCUUGCCUGCUACCUAUCACAUCAAUUCCUAAUCCAGAACCUAUUGUUUGCUCGACGUAAUGACCACUCACCUACUGUCCAAGGCCAUGUCCUCGCCUGCCUUGCCCAGUGUCUGGAAUUGCCUUCACUCAAUGCGACCUGUGCUGUCCAAAACCUCUUCUCUGCCACUGUGACGCAGACUGUACUGGAAGAAGGAACUAUAGAAGGAAGUCUCCAGCAGCCUCAGAAAACUUACCACUCUUUGCCGUUCAGGACUGUGGAGGUUGGUGGCACAGAUAGCUUGGUCUGUGAUGCAAGAGAGAACGUUGCUCUUUUGAUGCGGCGUGUACAAGACUCCAAGUCUACUAUUCGCAAAUCAGCACUGCAGGCCCUUGUAGGUCUUCUGAAACAUGGUGUGAUCCCCAUGAGCUUGACGAACCUUUCUCUGCUCUCGGAGCGCUGUAGAGACCCGGCUGUGUCUGUGAAGAAGAAAGCAUUGCAGUGUGUGGGAGAGAUGCUGAAUGCUAAACCAGAGUGCUGCCUGGUGCAGAAGGCAUGGCUUCAAGGUGUAGUACCAGCGGUGGUGGAUUCUGAAAGCUCUGUCCAGGAGAAGGCCUUGGAGGCUCUCGAUCACGUCUUGCUCGGGCAGAUCCAAGCAUACUCUGCCUGCCAUCAUCUUGCUACAAGUCAGAGGCUGACCUGGAAGCUGCUAAAUCUUCUCUGUGACGAAUGUCAGAACCUUAGCCAAUAUAUUAGUAAGGCCGUCACCAUCUGGAUUAAGCAAAACAAGUUUACGGUGACAUUCAUAACUAAUCUGAUUUCACACACGGAGGCUGACCACAGUGCUGGUGCCUGGAUGCUGCUUUCCAAGGUAGUUGGAGCAUCAGUCAAAAUUCCUUAUGGAAAACUCAUGGAUGCCUGGGACAACAUGGUCAGUUCUAAGGAUGUGAGUGUGACAUCCUGCUGUCAUAUUAUGUGUGUCAUUGGAGAAAUUUCUGUUCACUUGAAUGAAGAGACAAAGGAUAGGAUAGUUGACGAUCUUAUGCGUUGGUUGAAGUCAUUUUCUAUGUCUCUGGAGCGUAUCAGUGCCGCUAUUGAUACUCUGCAACAACUUGGCAGGAGUGACGAUGUCAAAGAGACACAGGCUUUCAUGAAUCUUCACUGCGGUGAAUUGUUGUCAAUUUCUGAGGAUUAUUUAUCUGGUAUCAUCUUGAAUGAAAACGGAACCCACAACAUAAAUGAAGAACUAAUGGUGAAACAUUUACACACUGUUGGUGUUGCGUCGCUCAACUGUCCUGGUAGAGUGUCCAAAAGAACAGUCUUGCUUGUGGAAUCUAUCCUUACUGCACAUUCAGACAAAUUCCUAGAUUGUCAAAAUGAGCUCCCAGCUUCACUUCCGGUCUCUCAGUUCAAAGCAAACUCGUUGCCAACGAAAGUCAGAGCACAUGGUGUCCUUACUUUGGGUAAGCUGUGUCUGCAGCGGGAGGAGCUGGUCCAGAAGUACCUUCCUGUGUUCGCCAGAGAGCUUGAGCUUGGUACAGAAGUUGCUGUCCGCAACAACAUUGUGGUGAUAAUGUGUGAUCUAUGUGUUCGAUACACAAGUAGAGUGGAUCACUAUAUCCCCAACAUUUCUGCCUGUCUCCGAGACGAUGAACCAGUCAUCAGGGAGCAAACUUUGAUCAUGCUGACCAACCUCCUCCAGGAGGAGUUUGUGAAAUGGAAGGGUUCUCUAUUCUUCCGCUUCAUGGUGGUGCUCGUUGAUCCUGUCCCAGGCAUCGCAAGUCUGUUUGAAUACUCUCUAGUUCACAUACUGCUGAAAAAGAGCCCAGAAAUGUUUAGUCAGCAUUUCAUUGAGUGCAUUUACCACUUCAAUUCAUAUAGUGGGCACAAUUCCUACAACAAGUUCCCUCAAACUGACAGGGAAAAAGUUCGGUUCUCCCUAAAUGGCCCUCAACACCGUGAGAAACGUUUUCGGAUUUAUCGGUUUCUGCUGCAGCACUUCACUGAUGCUCAGCGUUUCAACAUCACCAACAAGAUGAACCAAAGUGUACUGGCCUGCUUUGCAAAUAAAGAGCUGCCUCUGGAUGCAGAUGGUGAAGGCAUUUUAGCAGAGACCUUCAACAUACUGACUCUGAAAGAGAUGAAGCUGCAGGUCAUAUCUCACCCACCUGGAACCGCUGCAGGGGAGGAACAAGAAGAGGCAAACAUGACCACGAUGGCAAAAGCAGUUCUUCAGGCAGCUCAAAAUAAGGUGGUUUCGCAGGUCAGGAAAAAGACCUUCAUAGAGAACACCGUCCCUCUAAUCAUCAGUCUUAAGCACUUACUGGAGCAAAAACAGUCUACUGUCCUCAAAGAUCUUACAGCCUACCUGCAGGUAACAAUGCAGGACUACCGUCAUGAAGUCAAUGAGUUUUUUGCCGGAGAUGAGCAACUAGCAGCAGAAGUGGAAUUUGUCCUGAAGGAAGCUGAGAAGGAGCAUGAGCUGGAGAAUCGGAUGGACAACUGCAGUCUGAAUGAAGAUGCCAAAAUGCUUUCUGCUCAGGUUUCAGUCCAUCGCUCUCCUGUUUUGUCGAGGUGUCUCCAUCCUUUCGGCUUUUCCACACCACAGCCGCUGCAUCGAAAUCAACUUCCUACAAAACUUGCACAGAGUGAGAGACAUGUGCGUGGCCUGGCCAGAACCAGAUCAGAAGGACAGUCAAAUGCCAUCACUCUGGAGAGAACAGACAUUUCUCAAGGAGCUGUGAAUAACAGAGCCAUCAGCACACCAAAUGGUGUCUGCAUCGAUGUAACUUUUGAGGAGGGAGUAAGUGCCAUCCACAGUGAUAAAACAAGUUCUCACCAGCAGUCUCGUGUUCUUCAUGUACGAUCAGAUGAAAAUCAAGCUUCUGGAUUAAGGCCGUGGAAUGUACUGUCUCCUCUCCGUCAGAAAAAGAAAACCAGUGUUUAGUUUACCGUUGCCUUGUUCUGCGUCAAACAAGACACCUCAUCACAUUUUUUUUAAACUUCAGAUUGUUCAAAAUAGAACAUGAAAGGGGAAAAAGAAAACGCAUGAGGGGAGUUGCAUUUCGAAGCAUGUCAGUUUCCAUUCCUCUCUCAAUUGCUAUUUAAAUCCUUGUACAUAAUCCGUUUCUUUUU